CACCUUCUUAAAAUCCAAACGGAAUUCACUCUCUCAUCAAUUGUGACAAAUAUUUUUUAUCAUAUAAUUUUUUUUUUCCUUUCUUUCUUUCUCUCUAUAAUUUCUCCCUUUUCUUCAGCUGUAAUUUGGAGAUCCACUGCAGAUAUAGCUAAGCCUUGUAUUGUCCUAACCAUGGGGGACGCAAGUGCUGAAGCUGCGGUGGCUGCAGCCUCCGUCGCGGCGGUGGCGGCCCAAGAUCAUGUUGUGCUUCGCCAUGAGGAAGGCCGUGGCGGCGGCGAUGGCGAAGGUAGGAUUGUUGAAGGUAAUUUGUCCAACAAUUCAGCUGAAGAAGACAACAAAUUAGGUGGAGAAAAUGUUGAUGACGGCGGAGGCGGUGACCGGAGCGGCGGAAAUCGGUGGCCUCGUCAGGAGACUUUGGCGCUGUUGAAGAUUCGACAGGAUAUGGAUGCUACUUUCCGGGAUUCAAGUCUCAAAGGUCCAUUGUGGGAAGAAGUUUCAAGGAAGCUAGCUGCGCUUGGAUUCCAAAGAAGCGCCAAGAAAUGCAAGGAGAAAUUCGAGAACGUUUACAAGUACCACAAGAGAACCAAAGAAGGCCGGACCGGAAAAACAGACGGCAAGACCUACAGGUUUUUCGAUCAAUUGGCGGCUUUCGAACAAAACCACCACCCGCCGCCGCUUCAGCCACCACCACCGCCUUCGAAACCACAAAUUAUAGUGAAUUCACCAACUACGCCAUGGACAACCCCUCCUCCAAUCACUACUACUACUCCUACCACUACAGUUGUCACUACUACUUAUCAUAUCAAUAAUAAUCUUCAAAACCCUACAAAUAAUAUUCCUCCAUCCCCACUAGUAGUACCAUUGCCACCAACACCAACACCAACACCAACAAAUAAUACUAAUAACAACCCUACUUUGAAUAUUAGUAGUAAUAAUUCUUUAUUCCCUCCACAAACCAAAUCGAUAAACCACCUAAACACCACUACUACUAUUCCCAAUUUGUCAUCAUCUUCUUUUCCAACUGCGGCCGCUGGUACUACUAAUAAUCAUCAUGAUCAUCAUCUGUUUUCGAGCUCGUCGACUUCGUCCUCGACGGCUUCGGAUGAGGAAUUCCAAGCCCGGAGUGGUCAGAAGAGGAAGAGGAAAUGGAGGGACUUUUUUAGGAAGUUGACGAAGGAGGUGAUAAGGAAGCAAGAGGAGAUGCAGAAGAAGUUUCUCGAAACCGUUGAGAAGUCAGAACAAGCGAGGAUUGUCCGCGAAGAUGCCUGGAGGCUUCAAGAGAUGGCGAGAGUCAAUCGUGAACAUGAAAUUCUAGUCCAAGAGCGGUCCACGGCGGCCGCCAAAGACGCCGCUGUCAUCGCAUUCUUGCAGAAGGUCUCCGGUGGCAGUGCUGUCGUUGCUCCUCAGAAUAAUUCAAGCCAUUUGUUCUUAACCAAUCACGAGAAUAGUAAUUUUCACGAUCACCUUCACGUUCCCGUGUCGUUGCCACCACUACCGCCGCAGCCUGUUGUGGCAACGCCACCGCCGCGGCCGAAAUUGGGCGAUAACGGGUUGAGUUACAGUGCUAAUGCGGCUACUUCGCCGGUUCAGUUGAGCCCUUCACGGUGGCCGAAAUCAGAAGUUCAAGCACUGAUUAAUCUGAGAAGAACACUCGAGUUGAAGUACCACGAGAAUGGACCGAAAGGGCCUCUUUGGGAGGAGAUCUCCACCGGGAUGAGGCGGCUCGGGUACAACCGGAGCUCGAAGAGGUGCAAGGAGAAGUGGGAGAAUAUCAACAAGUACUUCAAGAAAGUUAAGGACAGUAACAAAAAGAGACCCGAGGAUUCGAAGACAUGUCCGUACUUUCACCAGCUCGAUGCGUUGUAUAGAGAGAAAACAACCAUAAAGAACAAUGUGGUUCAGAACAAUAACGGAAUAUCGGAGAAAACCCAUUUCGGAAUGGAGCCAUUGAUGGUCCAACCGGAGAGACAGUGGCCUGAAAGUUCAGAUCACGAGGAGGAAGAAGAUGGUGAAGAAUUGCAUGAAGAAGAUGAAAUAUUAGAUGAAGAAAGAGAUAGUAGUAGCACUGAACUUGAAGAAGAUCAUCAUAAUCAUCAUGUUCAUAAUAAUAAUAAUCAUAACAAUGAUCGUGAUCGUCUUCAUCAACAAGGUGGUACUGGCAGUUAUUUGGUAGUUGACAAUAAACAAUCUUCUUCAGUGGACGUAGUUGAGUGAGACAAAGAUAACGAAGCUUCUUUUCUUUUUUUUUUUCCCAGAAACAAAAGUGUAUUAUUAUGUGGUGAUUUACCGAAGUUGUUACUAUACAUGAUUAUGGUAUAUUUGAAAGGAUAAUGUAAUAAUAAUAUAUAUUUUCAGGUUUAA